UCCAUUCAUCUAGCCAACAACAAAAUUGAAAGCUUACCUGAAGAAUUUUUUACGCGUCUGCCAUGUUUAGCAGAUAUUGAUAUCCAUAGAAACCAUCUGAAAGAAAUUCCAACCAACAUUGAACAAUGUAAAAGACUGCUGGCCUUCAAUAUUGGUUAUAACUUAUUGACCACCCUACCAGAGGAAAUGGCCGCCUGUAAAUUGCUAGAAAGAUUGGAUAUUACUGGAAACAAAAUGAAAGUCAUCCCUCCUGUAGUAACGAAAUUAACUAAUCUCUACCGAUUCUAUGCCAGUAACAUGCUACUGAAAGAGUUACCAGAUGAUUUUGGUAACCUCGUCCACUUAGAUAAGUUGAAUCUUAAUGGUAACUGUUUCACAUCAUUACCCAAGAAAUUACUAGAAUUACCAAAGUUAUCAUAUCUUGGUUUCCGUUAUCAUGGUAUAAUAUCGGUACCUGAAGAAAUAGAUAGAUUAACAGAAUUAACAGUCUUACAUGUUGGUAAUAAUCCUAAUCUCCUGUCAUUACCAGCUCAGUUAGCU